GACCCUGUUCUUUUCAAAGUACAAAGCCAGCUCUGCUUUGGUGGAUGUGAACCCCAGUCCCUGUCUUCCAAAGGUAAUAUACCACCCUUGUCUACACUAGCUCAGAAUCUGGCUGAAGUGAUCUUACUGAUCUUGCAAACAGCACCUGUGGAUAACUGAAAUUACGUCUUUACAUCACUCAUGCUGUUCUGCUGCUGGCAUUUCUGUUCAGACUGUGAAAACAUCCUGGUUUGGGUUUGCUGGGGCUGAGUCUGGUCAGUUACUCUCCAAAAAUAGCAGCACUCUGUGCUUUACCUGGAGCCUUUCACUUUGCAGAGCUCAAAUGGUUCUGAAGAGUAGGUUUUGCUGUCUCUGCUGGUGUAGGAAAGAAAGAAUUCAAUAACUGUAGCUCUUGCAGACAUCUGAGCUACUUUUAAGCAGUGUACUGGCUUAACUGUGGAGGCAUCUAUUCUUGCUUGCCUUUCCCUGUAAGACAGGGGAACAGAAUAGAAACAAGGAGUUCUAUGAGUCAUAGAACUUAAGAACAUCUGAUACUCCACUUCUUUCAGUUCCCUGAAAUAAGACUGAGUUCUGUAGUCAUGAUUACUGCGUGGUCACUAAUGCAUAGAGUCACAGAAUCAUUAAGGUUGGAAAAGAACUCUUAACAUAAUCGAGUCCAAAUGUAAACCCAUCCCCACCAUGCCCACUAAACCAUGCCCCUCGGUGUCAAAGCUGCCCUUUCUUGAACCCCUCCAGGGUCUGGGACUCCACCACUUCCCUGGGCAUCUUCCUUGUGAUGUGUUUCUAAAUCCCACAAAACUGCUAAGAACUAUAAAACUGUAAGACUUCUUCACUGCUCUCAAAUAUAGCCAGAAUAGGUGGUACAAAGUAACAGGAAGAAGAAAAUUGAAUGGACAGUUGGGAUUGUGUAUCUAUAUGUGCCUCGUUGUCUUAGGAAAUGUGGUUAAAAUCUUGUUUACAGUAAAAGCAUAGUAUUAAAUACUGGUCAAAAAUAACUGAAUGUUGUUUUUACACUUGUUCAAUAAGCAGGACUUGGUGGGGUUUGGGAAGCUGUUUUGUUGAAGGAGUGUCAUUGCUUUUGGUGUGUUCAGGUCUAGAGAGGACUGGAUGCUUUGGGAGCCUCUCAGCAUCUGCCAGCACUGCACCACAACUGCUGCAGAGUGAUUGGUUCAGACAAGGAUGUUGAGUCCUGCAUAAGGAGUUGGUGUAUCAGUUGAAAAAACUGAUAGCUUGGAAAUUGUUGGGUUUAAUUUAAGGGAAUUGACAAUCCAUGGCAGGAUGCUUCUGGUUGAACUUCUUACCAGCCAGUGAGGAAAUGGUUAAAUCUGAAGAUAAGCAGUUAUAGAGGAACGUGCCAAAAUAAAAGGUAGUAAAAGUGGCUAGAACAGUUGAAGUCAGCAGUGUGACUGUGUGUAAAUGGCACUGUGUUACUCACUGGCACAUUUCCCUGGGUGCUUUUGACUCAGAGCUGUUUCCUCUUGUGACCAAAAGGGUUUGCUGCUCUCAGCUCUGAGGCAGCUGGCUGUUCUUCACGGAGCAGCCCUCAGGAGGCUGCCCAGCAGCAGAAUCACCAGGCAUGGCCUGAAGUCAGAAUCUAUGACUGGUCACUCAGACCUGGUCUGAAUGAGCAUCCUCCAGAGAACUGUCGGUCUUAAUUUUACUGGCUUAUGAUGUGGAAGAAUGACGUGUAUUAACAGCAUCCUGCCAUCUGUAAGAAAUUGUGCUGUAGGCCCAUCGGAAGGUUCUGUUGUUUAUUUAUAUUCAGUCCCAGCUGAUGCCUCAAACCCAGACAGCGUUGUAGUGUCAGUGUUAAACAUCAGUGCUACACGGGGGUCACAGGCUGUCCUGCCCUGCAAGAGUUACCGCAUGGUGUGGACUCAGGACCGUCUGAAUGACCGCCAGCGUGUGGUGCACUGGGAUGUGUACAGCACCUACUAUGGAGAUAACAAGAUGGAGAGGCUGUGUGACAUGUACUCAGCAGGAAAUCAGCGUGUCUACAGCUCCUACAACCAAGGGAGGAUAUUAAUGCCCCAGAAUGCAUUUACGGAUGGCAACUUCUCACUGGUGAUCAAAGAUGUUGCAGAGAGUGAUGCAGGUGUAUAUUCGUGUAAUCUUCACCAUCACUACUGCCACUUAUAUGAAACUGUGAAAAUUCAACUAGAUAUCACCAAGAAAGCCAAAGCAGCAAAGGAGUACUGGGAUGGAGAGAAGGCUGUGAUUGUUGCUUUGGAAGGCAGUACUGUGAUGCUCCCUUGUGUCAACCGGAACCACAUCUGGACCGAACGGCACAGUGAAGAGGAGCAGCAAGUGGUCCAUUGGGACAGGCAGCCCCCAGGGGUUCCCCACGACCGCGCUGACCGCCUCAUUGACCUGUAUGCUUCUGGUGAGCGCCGCUCCUAUGGGCCUCUCUUCAUCCGUCAGAAGAUGAACAUCACUGACACAGCCUUUGCCCUGGGUGACUUUUCCCUGCGGAUUUCUGAGCUGGAAAACGCAGAUGAAGGCACUUAUUCCUGCCACCUGCACCACCACUACUGCGGCCUGCAUGAGCGCAGGAUCUACCAGGUCUUUGUGACAGAGCCAGUGAGAGAAAAGAAGGUGGUGAACCUCACAACCCACAACACUGCCCCGGCCAUAGAUCCAAAUGUUGUCCGGGGGCACAACGUGAUAAACGUCAUCAUCCCUGAGAGCCGCAUCCACUUCUUCCAGCAGCUGGGCUACGUCCUGGCAACACUGCUGCUCUUCGUUGUCCUGCUCAUCAUCGUCGUCUUCAUCACCCGCAAGCGCCGGCAGAGAGGUUAUGAAUACAACGUGAAGAAAUACGGAGAGAAGGAUGUAAACCUUAAAGAAUUUACAGUCGACACAACAGAUCUGACUCAGUACAAAAGUGAAGACAUCAGGCUGGAUUACAAAAACAACAUCCUGAAGGAGAAGGCUGAGCAAGCCAGAAGUUUCCCAGCAAAGAACAUUGAUUUAGACAAAGAUUUCAGGAAGGAAUAUUGUAAAUGAAGACAUUCCCAAGCUGCUGGCUGGACCAGAAGCUUCAGUCAAAGAUAGAUGGAAAAGAGAUGCCUUUCAUAAUAUCACAUCCCUCCAGUUACCAUACAUUUUCCAUGUAGAGUUUCUCCCCAGUAAGCAUGAGGGUAUUUGCAAGUGCUUUCUGAAAGAGUUAGGCCAUCUGUCUUGCGUGCAUUUAUGAUGGGUUUGGGUUUACUUUUGUUCUAUUGUUCUCCCAGUCCUCCCUCCCAUUUUCUUUCUGAUAUUAUUGUUGUUUUUAUGCAUCAAUGAUUUUUAUGAGCUGAAUCAGCAGACCUUUUGCUUUGAUGUUACUGCUUUAAAUAAACCAACCUGCAACACCAAUCUCAGCCAUCAUUAUAUCAGGCAUUUUUUUCAUGCAAUGUACUCAUUAGAAAAGUAAUAGCAAAGCCUGAUUGUGAUCUCUCAUAUGCUGGUGUACAUUGAGAGGAAAAGUACUGUCACUUAGCACUUUAUAUAUUCCAGGUACAAAGAAUUGCUCAUUCAGCCCUUCACAGAUAACAAUAUAAAUACCUCAUCAUACAAACAGGGAAAUGUCAACAUCCUCAUUUUACAGGGGAAAGGGAGGCACACAGAUCUAGUUGCCACCAACACAGUGUUGGGAUCAGCUCCGAAGAGCUCUGGGAGUCUAACUUUGUAUUUCUCACUCUAAGCUUGUUUGUUGAUUUGUUUUUGUUUCAGUGCAAACCAGACCAAAUUUGUCAGGAGCAGACACUUUCAGCUGCAGUUGGAGGUACAGUGCUGUAAUACCAGGGUCAGUUAGAUCAGAUCCAGAAAUAUUACGGACACAGCUAAGCUCUUGUGUGGAAUCUGGAGUAUGGUUUUCCUGCAGUCCUUGAGUGCUCCUCCCCCCACAGUUCUUGUGAGCUCAUCACAAAAGAAGGUAUGAUUACAGCACAGUUAGACUGACUGUUGAAAAGAAUAACUUCCAUGAGCCAACCAUGGGGAACAAGGCUAACAACACAUUACACCACAUAUCCUCCCAGGCACUAUGAUGGAUCAUGGUCCCCAAAGGAAGCAGCCAGGGAGGGAUAUGAGUUUACUCUUGUAGGUUUUGGCAUUGUUCUGGUGAGCAUAUGCGUGAGAUAGUGGGGCUGUGGGCUAAAGGGGAGUUCCACAUCUAGUUCUACUAUAUCAGGUGGGGGUGUCCAAAAAUUUGGAAGUCAGUAAUUAAGUGUUACAGUACAAGCAAGGUAAAGUGUCAGGAAAGCCAGAAAAUAUUAACAGCUCUAUAUAGUCUCUCUAACUGCUUGAGAUAUACUCUGGCACCAAUCCCAAACCAUGGCACACCUCUGGUUCUUUGUGCAUGGAUGAAAAUAAGGUUUCCUGCCAUGGGGAGCGUGAUGGCAACAGCUUGUGUUCUCAUGGAAGCAUGGCCAGGGAUUGCCAGCUUACUCUUUGGGUGUCUGAAGGGAAGGGCAGAGGAAGGGGUUGCGCGUGGGCUAGAUGACUGGAGCUGGAGUAAGGUCUCCAGGAUGUUGUGAGUGAUGGAAGUGUGAAGAGGAGCUUGUGUGGAACUACUGUGAGUGUCAGGAGUGGUUUCAGGCUUGAAGCAGUGCUCUGCUUGCAGCUGCUGCCUCAGCGUGGGUUUCUUCCUGCUGUGGAGAAUCCUGAGAUCUUUGCUGGUGAUGAAGUAGCUGUGGUCCAAGGAAGCAUCUCCGUUUACCACCUAAACAAUUGAGAAUAUCACCUGCUGCCUACUACAGUGUGUGUCCUGGCUGUUACAGCCACUCUCACCACUUAUCUGGGAACAUGUCAGUGCUAUCUAAUAGGGGUACAGGUUUGGCCAAAAUGGAAAGUGAUGUCAUGGUUGGGUGACAGUACACAGGUUCUGUGAAGGUCCAGGGCUGUUUUGAAAGCUUUUCAAUACUACGGGCCUCCCAAGUGUAGGAAUCAAGUCUUGUACAGACCCUUUUUCUCCACUGCUACUAACCUGGAUGUCUGCUUUACUGAUGCAUAUGCUACAGCUGAGCAGAUCCUGAUCUUAUAAUUUGCUUAGUUCUGCUGUUCUCCAGACAACUUCUGUGAUUUCUGUCUUUCUCUUCACUUAAGAUACACUUGUACAAAAGAGUUCAGAGUAGGCAGACUGAGGACUGGUAAGGAGGGCUUGGGGUUGGGCUCAGGUCCUUAUUUGCUUUCCCUUCUCCCAGAGUAUUCAGCCAUUCCUAGGUUGCCUUUGGCAGGAUCUGAUUGGAACCCAGGCUGCAUUCCUGCAGGUGUGUAAGGCUGCUCUGGUUUCUCCAUCAGGUUGGCACAGUCUUAAAUAAUUGCCAUUAAUCUCUUUCUCCCUCCCCUUCAUGUCUGUGAGUCAAAGGUUGGAGAUCUUUACUUGCCAGUUCAAAUUGCUUAGCACAGCUCAUACAGACAUCAGCUCAAAGUGGGGUUACUCAUAAACUCCAGAGGCAUUUAAAUAUUUUGUUUGAUUUCGAGGCUGCAAAAUAGCUUAAGGGGAAAUAAAUGUAUUUGUUCUCUGAAACAAGUGCUAGGAAGAGCUUGAUGAGUUCCUCAUCCUUGCUUUGAUCCCAAGUUUGAAUUUGGAUAAUGGUCAGACAAAGCAGUAUAACCCUUGACUGAUCAAAAUGGGAGACCAGGUUGAGAUUGUGGCCCUUUUUCACCAGGGGAGGCAUGUGUUGUGUGAUUGGGCUGAGGAUCAGAACAGUGGUUUAUAAAAGCAGCCUGCCACAGCCAGCAUGUAAUUUACUAAGUUAAAAUUCUGGCUGAAAGAGAUCCAGGCAAGAUUGCUGGCUAUCUAUUUGUGUGUUUUCAAACUGCUGAAAGCAACCAGAAAACAGAGCACUAAACAGAAGAGAUCUUUAUUUUUAUUUUGUUUCUUAAUCCAGAGAGUUGUCAAGGGGUAUGUGCCCUCCAAUACUGGUGAGAAGCCAUUCAGAUCUUCUGCUUGUUAUGUGGUGGGACUUGGUAGGUGAGGUUAAUGGUUGCAACGAUGACCCUGAAGGUCUUCUCCAACCUAAAUGAUUGUAAUCUUGCACAUGGAAAUUAGGAGUCUGGACUUGUAGGUAACCACAAGCUGAGGGACAGGACUGUGUUCUGUUCCCACCCUGCUAGAGGCCCGAUGUGAUUCUAGACAAGUUGGCUUUCUCUUUCUCCCAUCUCUCAUCUCAGCCUUUCUCUCUGAGAAAUGAGAAAUGAUUUUGUCUGAGUUACUUGAUGUUACGGUUUUCUUAUGACUUUAUCUAUCUUGGUAGGAAAACUGCAAUGCAGGUGGGUUUUUUUUCCACUGAUGUUCAUGCUUGUCUUGGCUUUGUUACUCAGUCUGUCUUCUGUAAACUCAUUCAUUAGCAACUAAUUAUGUUUGUUAAUCACUCUAAGAAUGCUGUAACCUAUAAUAUAUGCUUUCCCUCGUUUUAUCAUUACAUGAUAAUUUGCAGGAGAGAGUACGUGUGUGCAAAUUGUAGGCUUAGAUUAGUGAAGAUGACAUAGUCAUGAUCUUAAUGGGACAUAAAUAGAGAGGAAGGAAAAUAAGUACAGAUGAAAGAGUAAAGCACCUGCAUGGAGCCAGUGACUUGUAAAAAGGAGAAGAAAGUGAAAGAGCCCAUUUCAGAGAAUCAGGGGAAAAAAAAUUCUUUCCAUAAGAUGAGGUCUUAAUUGAAGAGUAAAAGAGCUUAAUUAGAAUGGAAGCUCAUGCAGCAGUAUAGGCAAACUGUGUGUGUUUCAGGUGGGGAAGGUUGGUUGUGACUUCUGCCGGUCUGAUCCUCUGGACUGAAAGCAUCAGUAGCUGGAGCAUGCUUUUUCAGUUUAAUUAUCUUUGAAAUCCAUAUACCUAGUGCAUUUUAAGGCUGUUUCAUAAUGCAAACCAAAGGGUGCUAUGUGGGGACACUGGGGUUUGUUCUCAGACACGGUUCUGAUACAAAGUGCUGCAGCAGAUGAACCCUCUGAGUUCAUUUGGCUGAUACAAAUGAAGUUCCAAUGCAGUUUUGUAUUUUCUGCAACAAGUUGAAGUGAGGAAACAGUCACGCAAUGUGAUGUUUGUGCCAGAAGAUACAGAAGGCCACUGGCAUAACAGGCUGGAAAUAGAGCCCUUUCCUCUCUGCUCCAUGCAUGCAAUGCUUCCUCUCAAGACUGAUGGGAAGACCUGGUCCAUACAUCUUGUUUCGUUCUUCAUUGUCACAGGAUUAAUUUUCAUGAUUAUUGUUACUUAACUUUUGCCAUUUGUCCUUGCUGUGUAACUCUCCUAGCAUUUAAGAAAUAAAGGAGAACGUAAUGGA